GCGACCAGCAUUACAGCUAAUGCCAUGGGGCCGGACGACUCUCAACCUUCCCUCUUGUCAAAGACUCCGAUAUAUGAUGCUACUGGACCAAACAACACACCUCAACAGACGACCAGCAUUACAGCUAAUGCCAUGGGGCCGGACGACUCUCGACCUUCCCUCCUCUCAAAGACUCCGAUAUAUGAUGCUACUGAACCAAACAACACACCUCAACAGAUUUUGUCUUUUGCUAAUGCCAUGGGGCCGGACGACUCUCGACCUUCCCUCCUCUCAAAGACUCCGAUAUAUGAUGCUACUGAACCAAACAACACACCUCAACAGAUUGCCAAUGAAGAUGAGGUUUUUGUACCAAGACUCAGACGGACUAAAAGUAUUGAAAUGAAAGACGCUGUUCCUGACAAUUCUGAUGAACUUUAUGAUUCCACAUCAGGGAGUAAUGAUGAUUAUAUUCCAGAUACCACUUGUGAAAGUGACAGUGGAAGUGAAUACAGCUUUAAACAAAACCUAAGGACCAAGAAUCAGUCUUUUGAUUUGCUUGAUGUCUCUGGUUCAGUGAGUUCCCAAGUCUGUGACUCGACAACCCCAGACAAAAUGACUUAUGAUGACCACAACCUUGCAUCUGAAGUCACUGGAGCAGAAGAAGAAGAACCCUCUUCAAGUCAGAAUGUAAAUGACAUCAUGGUUGUUAAGGCAUUAAAAAAAAGAGGAGGGAAUAGAAUUUACAACAAGAAACACUAUUGCUUGUAUUGCUCUAAACCAUAUUCUAAGAUCGCAAGGCAUCUAGAAGGUGCACAUGAAAAUAAACCUGAUGUAGCUAAAGCUCUAAGCUUUCCAAAGGGUUCCAAGGAGAGGAAAAAACAGCUAGAUUAUAUUCGUAACAGAGGAAAUUAUGCUCACAAUGCUGCUGUAAUGGAGUCAGGAAAGGGGGAACUAGUGCCAUUUAGGCGACCUCAUAAAGAAGUGCAGGGAAAGGAAUUCAUGCACUGUGCAUAUUGUCAAGGUCUUUUUACAAGAAAGGUUCUUUGGCGGCAUAUGCAUAAUUGUAAACUUAAACCCGGAUCAGUCACCUCCAAACCAGGAAAGAACCGUGUUCAGUCCAUGUGUACAUACACAGGGCCUGUGCCUUCACACGUAAGUAAACAACUGUGGGGAGUAAUCGGUGCCAUGAAUCCUGACCCAGUCACAGAUAUAAUCAAAAAUGACCAAGUCAUUAUUGCUCUUGGACAGCACUUGUUAAACAAAGGUGGACCAUCACGCAAGAAUCAACAGUAUGUUCGAGAGAAGAUGAGAGAAAUCGGAAGGCUGAUUUACAAUGCCAGCAAAGUGACCACCUUAAAAAAAUUGGAAGAUUUCAUAAAUCCAAAGAACUACAUGGACACUGUCAAAGCUGUCAAGUUUACAUGUGGGUAUGACAGUGAAACAAACAAGUUCUUAAUUCCAUCACUGGCAAACAAACUUGGAAAUGCCUUGGUUAAAGUAAGUAAACUUUUAAAAGCUCAGGGUUUAAUCUCAAACAACAAAGAGCUUGUUGAGAAUGCCAGUAAGUUUCUAGAUGUCCAUCAGCAAAAGUGGAAUGAGAUGAUCUCAGCUACUGCAUUGAGGAACAUCAGUGAAGCAAAGUGGAAUGUGCCCACUCUCAUGCCCUUUACUGAAGAUGUCCAAAAAAUGCAUGCAUAUCUCAAUGAAAUGCAGGAUAACUGGUACAAAUCGCUCUAUGAAAAUCCCUCUGUAAAAGCCCGGAUUGAGCUUACAAAGGUGUGUAUGACCCAGAUCAUUCUCUUUAACCGGCGCAGGGAAGGAGAGGUGGCAAGCAUGCCCUUAUCUGCAUUUUUAUCGAGAGACACCUCUGAUCCACAUCAGGAUGUGGACUGGGCUCUGUCUGAAGUGGAAAGAAAACUUUACAGACACUUUACACGGAUUGUCACCAGGGGGAAACGUGGUCGCCCAGUUCCAAUUCUAUUGACUCCAAAAAUGCUGUGUGCAUUAGAACUCCUUGCUAAGCAGAGAGGGGCCUGUGGGGUACUAAAGGACAAUCAGUAUAUGUUUGCGAGACCAGAAGCUAUGACACAUUUCCGAGGUUCUGAUUGCAUCCGUGGAUUUGCCAAGGUGUGUGGUGCAAAAUGUCCUGAAUCACUGACAUCUACCAGACUGCGAAAGCAUGCUGCAACCCUUUCAACUGUGCUGAACAUGACAGACACAGAGAUGGACCAGCUGGCCACCUUUCUUGGACAUGACAUUAGAAUCCAUCGUGAGUUCUAUCGACUCCCUGAGAAAACCCUGCAACUUGCAAAGAUCAGCAAAGUUCUAAUGGCACUCGAGCAGGGAAGAUUAGCUGAGUUUCAUGGCAAGAACUUGGAUGAAAUUCAGAUAGAUCCAGAUGAAAAAGUUCUGGACAGUGAUGAGGAAGACUUCCAGGAGAAAUGUCAGGCAGAUUCAUCAAUUAUAGAUGAACCAUCAGCAGAGGAGAUACUUCCUCCUACCGAAAGGAAUGAAAUGCCGCCACCACCGUCCAAGAGACAUAAACCACUACCAUUAGAUGAUACAUCACCGUCAGUAGUCAGUACUGUGAGGCCUUCAUCCAAAGGUAAAGUGACCCAAAAGAAGAGACCCUGGCAGCAGACAGAGGUGCAGGCAGUGGAGAGGCACAUGAAUCGGUUCAUCAUAUCUGGUAUUGUGCCAGCAAAGAGCGAUUGCGAGAGGUGUUUAAGAGCGGAACCAGAAGCUCUUAAGCAAAGAAACUGGCAGAACUUGAAAUUCUAUGUGUAUAAUCGCAUCACGGCCUACAAAAGGGAAAUGCAACGUAAAUAGGGUUAAAGUUACGAAUUCUCUGGUAUGGCUUUUUGUUUCCGUUUGCCAGUGAUUUGGAAAGGUUCCUGUUUUAAAACUCAGUCAACAGGAAUUUAUUUGCUUUUAGAUUCAUUUGACUUCAUUUGGUGAGUUUGUGAAGUUGAAUUCCUAAAAAGUUGCAAAUUUUGUAGUUUA